AUGGAACAGCACAACGAGCUGGUACGGCAGAUUGCCCGCAGCGUCAAGGACUUUUACGACAAAAAGCAAAAGUUUCGCAUCUUUCGUGGAGCGAGCAAUAGCAGUCGGAACCAGGCCUUGCGCGACAAGAAGAAUGUGGUCGAUACCAGUGGAUUGAAUCAUGUGUUGAAAGUCGACACGGACAAGUUGUUGAUCUUCGUUGAAGCCAAUGUUCCCAUGGACCGGCUGGUCGAGGCCACCUUGGCCCAUGGCCUCACUCCUGCAGUGGUUGCAGACUUCCCAGGUAUUACAGUGGGCGGAGCGUACAGUGGAACGACGGGAGAAAGCUCGUCCUACAAGCACGGCUUCUUCAAUCGCACCGUCGAUCAUGUGGAGAUGGUCCUGGCCAGUGGCGAGAUUGUCAUUUGCUCAGAGACGGAGAAUGCGGACCUGUUCCAUGGUGCAGCUGGUGGCCUGGGGUCGUUUGGCGUGGUUACCAUGCUGGCUAUCCGCGUGGAAAAGGCGAAGAAGUACGUCGAGACAGUCUACCACCCUGUCACGAGCAUUCAAGAAGCUGUAGACAAGGUGAAACACUUCACUUCUCCAGGCGUGGAAUACGAUCGCUGGGAUUACGUCGAUGGCAUCCUGUGGUCCAAGACUUCAGGGGCCGUCAUUACUGGACGUCGCACCAACGAGUGUGCUCCCGGAGCCGCUGUGGCGAGAUUCAGUGCGCCCACGGACCCGUGGUUUGCCUGGCAUGUCGAGGAACGUCUGAAGGAGAGCAAAAAUACACCCGUCACAGAAUUCAUUCCUCUGCCAGAAUAUUACUUUCGAUACGACCGAGGUGGAUUCUGGGUGGGUGCGAGCGUCUUCGAAGCCACCAAUGGCUAUGUGCCAUUCAGCAAGCGGACCCGAUACUGGUUGGACGACUUCCUGCACACUCGAAUGCUGUAUGCGAGUAUGCAUGCCUUGUUUCUGAAUGUCCAAAUCAUUCAAGACGUGGCCGUUCCCAUGAAGGCGGCCGCAGACUUCAUCGAAUGGGAGACGGAGAAUAUCAAGAUCUGGCCCUUGUGGCUCUGCCCAUUGAAACAGAGCCCUGCCCCAACUCUGCAUCCACACACCAGCGAGAAGAGGGCGGAUGGCACACCGGAGCUCAUGAUGAAUGUGGGUAUCUGGGGCGCGCCACUCGAGGUCAGUAUUGACUGCUAUCUGGACGAAAACAAGAUGAUUGAAGACAAGCUCCAUGAAGUUGGCGGCAUGAAAUGGAUGUAUGCAGCUUCCUUUGCAACAGAAGAUGACUGGUGGCGCCCAUUUGACCGGGAGUGGUACCAUAGCUUGCGAAAGAAAUACCAUGCUACUACAUUGCCGACCAUCUUCGACAAGGCUCGAACUGAUCCUGUGAAAUUGCGGCAGCGUGAGGAAAAUGCCACCUGGAAAGACUUCAUCACCUAUGGCAUCUAUUUUCCGGGCGCUGCUCCGCUUGCUCUGGCCAAGGCAUGGCUGGGCGGCGAAUGGAAAAAGAAGAGGCAAUCGACCUGGAUGAAUUGGGUGCCACGAGAGAAGGAUUCGAUCAAGUAGAUGGAGUGUGGUGAGAGGCAAGCACUCUUGUUAUGCCUCGGAACCUCGCAAGCGUCGGCUACGAGGUCGAAUUCGGUACACUGAACAUCUAGAUAAAAGGUAAAGGUACCUGGUAUAUAAGGUAGUUAUCCUGAACUCCAAACAUCAGCGUCACUAAUGAUAUUGUCAAUUG